AUGGCAAUGGGCCACAUCAACCAACAUGUCUGCGAACGCAUCCUCGGUGACCUUAAGGAUGCGGGCGUCAUUCAAGAACGAAGAUCGCAGCGCCGUGAUGCAUGUUUCGACGCCUCCGCCCCUCGUGAGAACUGGGCUCUAUACAGCAGCCCAGUCGUCUGCUGCGCUGCGAGCUGCUGCACAGGGAACAUCGAAUACUACAACCAGUCAAACUCGCUGGAAUCAUCGCGGUCCUACCCGUACUUGCUGCCUCUUUGA